AAGAAGAGGAAGGAGAGAGAGAGAGAGAGAGAGAGAGAGAGAGAGAGAGAGAGCCCACAGAUCCAUUCCACAGGAGAAUUCCCAACCAGGCUUUGGCAGCAAGCGGGGGGAAAAGAAGAGCUUUCUUGCUGUGUGUUCCGUACAACUCUCCCCUUCACCACCGGUGAUUCCUUUCAGCUGAAGCUUCCACCAGCGGCGGCGACGCCCGGAAGAUGGGAUACGAGAAGACUGUAGUUCGGAACUUGAGUCGGUUCGAGGCACGGAAGCUCGGUUUGGCGUUGCUCGUGGGAUGCUGCGUGGUCAUCUUGACAUACUUCAUCUCCAUGUCGGAGACCUCCGUUGAUCAGCAGCCAUCUGUAGCCUACAGAGUUCGUAACACCGAAGCGGUGGAAGGCAAAAUUAGACUACAAAAUCAAGAACGAGGAAGAAAGACAGAGGAUCAACAUGGAAACACUGCAGACGAGAGCGUGCACCGCAAGAACUCUUCCACUAUUCCCCACUCAAUCACCAAGGAAGAGAAGAGAGAACCCAAGCAACCAGAAGCCGAAAAGAUUCACGCUCCAAAAAGAGAAGACAGAAUGAUUCAGAUGAUGAAGCCAAUCUGCGACUUAAACAAUCCGAGAACUGAGUUCUGCGAGAUGAAGGGCGACGUUCGAAUCCACGGCAAGUCCUCAUCCGUGGUGUUCGUUUCCCCCCAUCAACCAAGGGAAGAACAAUGGAAGGUCGUGCCUUACGUCCGCAAGCAGAUGGAGAACAUCCCCAAGGUCACGGUGAGAGCAGCGCCAAACGACGGCGCUUCCGCAAUCCUCCCCCGGUGCACCGUCAACCAGGCAGUCCCAGCCAUCGUGUUCGCGCUUGGUGGAUUCACCGGGAACUACUACCACGACUUCACCGACGUGCUGCUCCCUCUGUUCUUGACGGCGCGGCAGUUCGACGGCGACGUCCAGUUCCUCAUCACCAACAUCCAGCCGUGGUGGCUCCUCAAGUACCAGCCCAUCAUCAAGAGGCUCACCCGGUACGAGCUCGUCGAUCUCGACCACAGCGACGAAGUCCUCUGCCACCCGCACGUCUUGGUCGGCCUCCGCUUCCACAACGACCUCAUCAUCGAGCCCGCUCAAGCUCCCAACGCCUACUCCAUGCUCGACUUCACCGAGUUCCUGAGGGGCACCUACUCCCUGCCGCGAGACCACGCGAUCAGCUUGCGCGAGCACCCAACCAAGAAGCCGAGGCUACUGGUGGUGGAGAGAAAGGGCAAGCGGAGGUUCACCAACGUACCGGAGAUCGUCCGGAUGGCGGAGGCGUCGGGCUUCGAGGUGGUGAGGACGGACGCCAAGUUCGGCGACGUCGCGGGGUUCGCGAGCGUGGUGAACUCGUGCGACGCGAUCAUGGGAGUGCACGGCGCCGGGCUCACCAACUUCGUCUUCCUCCCCAAGAACGCCGUGCUGAUACAGAUCGUCCCCUGCUGUGAGCUGGAGGGCAUGGCCUCGCACACCUUCAGAUUCCCCUCCUCGGACGCCGGGCUGCACUACCUGGAGUACAACAUCACGGUGGAGGAGAGCACGCUGCUGGACCUGUACCCCAGAGAUCAUCCGGUGUUCACAGACCCACAGUCACUUCACAGGCAAGGCUUCUUCAAGAUGGGGGACGUGUACUUGGCCAAGCAGAACGUGAGGCUCGAUGUGAACAGGUUCAGGCCUUUCUUGCUCAAAACCAUGGAUCUUCUUCGUCAGUAGAAGCACACAAGUGCAUGUUCAUUUCUUCUUCUUCCUUCAUUUUUUGUUCUCUUUCUGAUGAUCCAUCUUACGGUCACACUGCCAAUGGUUUCGAUGUGAUGUGGUUGAGCCUGAGACACAGGAAUGUUUCAUCAACACAUACUAAUCAUGCAUCUGAUGCUUUGUAUCUUCACAUUUCUGUCAAAAAUCCUCCAUAAGAAGCUUCAAAGUUGAUUUGUCUUC